AUGGCACAUCGUCAUCAUCAUCAACAGCAGCAGCUUAAUAGUAAUUCUAAUGGUCGUCGACUGUCGAUGUUAGGCACGAUGGAAAAUAAUCCGAUUGGUGAUGAAGAAUAUGAUUAUGAAUAUGAUUUGAUGAAAUUGCUCGAGCAAGAACGACAUUUUAUGAUUAAUCAACAGCAAGCAUCUCGAGAAAAUGGCACGACUCGAUCGCAACAAACUCAGUACAUUACACCGCUUGAACAUAUCUACACGAAUAUUCAACAGUCACAAGGUACACCACAAGUCAGUCGACGUGUACUACCUAAGGUAAAUACAACUACACCUGGUCGAUUGUCCUCAGUGAAACCACUUCGAAUUAUUAUUAUUCGCCAUGGUGAACGAGCUGAUGCUGUUCUAGGAUCUGAAUGGUCAAAGAAGAGUUUCGAUCGUCAUGGACACUACAUACGAUUUAGUGAACAUCUCCCAGAUGCAUUACCAGCUCGAUCGUACUUGCACCAUUAUGUUAUUGAUGUACCUUUAACAAACCGUGGUCGUUUACAUGCUUACCGAACAGGUAAAACUUUACUAGCAAAUGGAUAUGCAGCUGAUCUGUGUUACACAAGUCCAUCGUUGCGAUGCGUACAAAGUGCCGAUAAGAUUUUAUCGGGUAUGGGGAGAAAACAUAUUGCGAUGCAAUUAGAACCAGGCUUAUUUGAAUGUUAUCUCAAUGAUUUCAAAAGAACAUUGUGUUUCAUGACAAAAGAUGAACUAUCAGCAAAUGGUUACAACAUUGACAGACGUUACAAGGCUCAUAUGCCAUUCAUGCGACCAUAUGAUAGUCAAGCUGAUUAUUAUGAGCGGUGUCAUAUGAUUAUGGAUAUUAUUAUCAAACGACACGAAGCAACCGGCGGAACUAUCUUGAUCGUAGCUCAUGCACCAAGUCUCGAAGGAUUGACACGACACUUUGCCGGUGGAAAAUUUCUUCCAGAGAAACUAUUUGACAUUGCUCGUCGGGUACCAUUUCUUGCUAUGACUAUAUUGGAAAGAAAUGGUAUCGAUAGUCCAUGGCUUUUUCGUACCAAACCGUUAGAUACAGACGAAGCGGAAGUCAUGAGAAAAGGUGAAUACGAAAUGUCUCUGCCAGCGUCAGUAUUACCUACCACCAACCAUAAACAAAAUAUUGGUUACCAAGGAUCAGAGUCAUCACAACCUUUCAAUUCACAACAAUAUUUAUCACAAAUUCAAGGAGCUCCUUUAUACCACCAUCAUCACCACCACCACCACCAACAACAACAGCAGCAACAGCAACAACAACAACAACGUUUUCAACAAAUCGAGAAUGGUCGGCAUCCGUCAGCUAAUGAUGUCCUCCAAGCUGAUCUAAAAAAAGUUCUGAAAAGUUCGACUGUUCCUAAUUUAUCAACGAAUAAUUCGUUCGAUAAUAUGUUCCGUGUUAUUUAA